AUUAGGAGAUCUCGCGUCUCGCGCUCAGCUUCACUCAUUUAAAGAGAUGUGAUACUGGGGGGAUUUACUGAAUUUCCCCAUGCAAUGUGAAUUCGCUUCGAAAGUUUUCCCCCCAGUAAAUGCGAUGAUGGGACUAUGCUUCAAGAUGAUGAUGAUGAUUGUUGCUGCAUUUGGUCCAUGAGCAGCUCUGCAGGACGCGGGGGAAAAGACGCACAACGCCGGUCCCAUUGAGAGGUGGUGAUUCCAAAAACAAAAAAUGCCAGUGCCUCCCCCACCUCCCCCACCGCCCACCCUCUCUCAGGCGAACACUGAGAAGCCGGCCUUGAAAAAGUCAGAGCAACAGGGCAGGAACGCUCUGCUGUCUGACAUCAGCAAAGGAGCAAAGCUGAAGAAAGCUGUUACUAAUGACCGCAGCCCUAUACUUGAUCAACCGAAAGGUGGUGGUGGAGGAGGAGGUGGUGGGUCUGGAGGUGGGGGGGGUGGUGGUGGUGGAGGAGGAGGAGGGGGGGGUUUUGGGGGUGGAUCCCCGGCUGGUCUAGGUGGGCUCUUCCAGGGGGGGAUGCCAAAGCUGCGCUCCACUAGAGAUGACUCUGCUAGUGUCAGGCCUCCAGUUCUUCCACCUGGCGCUCGUAGCUCAGGUCCACGGCCCUUUGGGGGAGGAUCUGGCUCGGCCCCUCGUUUUACUAUGCCACGCAGUGAAUCCGUUGACCCUCCACGGCCACGGAUGACUCCACCCCGGCCUGAAACACCUGGUGGGCCACCUCCCCCUCUUCCCAGUGCCCCACGACCCUUUCAGAGUGGCCCACAGAGCAGAGGACCACCCUCACUUCCGGGGACACCCCGGCCAAGUUCCGCAACAAACCCUUCACCUCCAAACCCUAUUGGUCGACAGCCUGCACCUCCACCUGUUCCGGGUGGAUUUUGUCGUCCUCCUUCCAUUCCUUCACCCCCAGUGAGCUACGCCGGCCGACCCCCUCCUCCCCCUGCCCCCGGUCGAAUUGAUGACCGUCCUCCACCUGUUCCUCUUGGAAACCGUUCAUCUUUGCUCCUCACACGGGACAGCCCACCACCUCCUCCAUCUACAAGUAGUAAACCAACUCCUCCUCCAACUCCUGCUCCUGCCUCACUGCGGCCACCUGCAAGCUCAGCACCUCCGCUACCACCGGGACGCCCAAACCCGUCUACUACCGAGGAGCUUGUACCACGCCUUCCUGAACGGAACCUGUCACUGGGCUCGAAUCCCCCUGCCCCUCCACCUGGGAGAUCCGGCCCCCUUCCUCCACCACCUUCUGAGAGACCGCCUGCAUUUGGCAGGAAUGCAACUGGGCGAACAGGUCCCCUUCCACCUCCACCUCCUUCAGGGCGUCCAGGAGGAGGAAGCAUAAGGUCAUCACCAGCUCCCCCACCGCCAAGCAGACCAGGGAUGGAGCCUCACCGUGGUGGCAAUAGACCACCCCUCCCACCCGACAGACCCAACUGUGGACCUCUACAUCCUUCUCCCCCACCUAUGGACAAUGGUUACCACAAUCAAGGACAUCAUAUAGAUGAGUGGGAAUCUCGCUUCACAUUCCGACCUUUAUCAGAUCUUCCACCUCCAGAACCCUACAUCCCCUGUCAGAAGACCUAUCCUAGCAAACUAGCCAAGAACGAAAGCCGAGGUUCUGGAAAGAAAGAGAGAGGUGCACCUCCCCUGCCUCCUAUUCCUAGGUGAAAGAAAUUGAUUGUUUAUUCAGGGGUUGACAAACCUUCCCUUUCCCAAUUAUCUACCAGUACCAAUUUUCUCUGGUGCUGUCUGUACUAUAUGUACUCAUAAUGUUCUGCCAGAAUAGUCCAUUGAUCUAUUAAAGAUGCAUAAAAAAACAGCAAAGGGUGUUCUAUAAUGGACAAAAUUGUCGUCAUGUAAUAGCCACUUUGUGCUAAUUAUUUUUUUUAUUUUUUUUUGCUUUAGAGAUUGAUGAAAACAAUUGUUUGUUUGCUUUGAUAUCAAGUGGUGAGAUAUAGAGAAAUACUACAGCAGAGUUUUACUUUAUAUUUUUCAGCAAUUUUCUGUGUUGGACAACAUUUUGUUUUUUGUCUGAAAACCAAUCUAUAAUUAUAAAUCAAUGCAGACAUACCCUUGGAUUAAAGGUGCAGUCAUCAUAGAAGCAUAUUGUAUUUUAAUUUGAUGGUGCUGUAAUUGAAAACGUUAAAAUAAAUAAAUAAUGCAAAAGUAAUCUGUGCUGGUCCCAUUAGAGCAUUGGUAAUAUUAGGAACCUUUUUAAUAAGAUAUGAUUUGUGGCGCCCCCUACAUUCCAAUUGCCAAACAACAUGGUAUUAUAGAGCAUUGAAAUGCUAUAUAAAUAUAUAUAGCAUUUAUAAAAUCUGUGGAUUUUGUAGAGAGGACUAAUCUUAAAAUGAAGGAUGAUGUGCCUUACAUUACCAUGUAAGUGUCUUUAUGUAUUAUGGGAUUGUAUCUGUGUUGUUGAUGUAAGACAAAAAGCCAAGGAUGUGUUUAAGAAGUGUUAUAUUUUAUCAUUUACAUGUGCACUUGCUUGUUUUGUUUGUUAGCUCAGUAGUGCGGUGCCUUAUGUAUAUAUCAAAGAUGCAUGAUGUCUGUCAGAGAGAAACUAAGCUUACAAAAAGUAUAAUCAUUAAAAUUAGGUACAUUGUGUUAAAUGUAUAGUUUGCCUCUUCCUCAAUGCACUUCUGGAAAGAAUCAAGAAGCCAAGGUGAGGCGAGCUGGCUGGCCUGGCUUGACUGUUAUAAUAUUCACAUUAAGAGAAGAGUUGGCAAAAGCCUUCUAAUGCAAAAAAGAAAGAAAAGUAAAUUAGUCAGUAAAGGAGGACAAUUACAGAUUCAGAAGUGAUAAUAUAACUCAUUAAAGUAAUGUAAUGUAAUUUCUGCAGUGUCUUAAAUUAGAUAAGAAGAAGUGAAUGAGAUGCAGAACAAUUAUUGCAUAACGAAAAAAGAAAAAACAUUAUUUGACACCAACAAAAUGGUGAGGCCUCUGAGUUAUGAUGUUGUGAUUUGCACACGUCACUGACAUCAGUGUGUGACAGAUGCUUAAUGCGAUACUAUAGAGGUUAUCCUAAUGUGCCGGUACGAGAACAUUUCAGUUUCAAACAAUAUAUUUGUUUUAUUUGUACAUUUUCUUUAUUACAACCAAUCUUUUGUCAAAUAGAUUGUUUUGAUGAAAAUGUUUUCUAAAUAAACAUUGAAGUAAA